UUGAUGUUUAAUAAUAAAUUGACAGAUAUGGAUGUGGAUCAAACCACAUCAAAUAAUGAUUUGAAUAAUACUACAAAUCCAAAUAGUAAUAGUAAUAAUAGUUUAAAUAGUAAUAGUUCAAGUUGUACCUUAAAACGAUGUAGUAGUGCACCUAUGAUUAAUGAUAUCAAAGAUAUUAAAAUGAAUACAUCUCCUUCAACAACACCCACCAAUAGUUCAACAUCAAUGUUUUCGAGCAUGUUCGUACCAAGAGCUAGACGAUUUAGUGCUAGUUUUAGUCCACAUACAACGAUAUCAUCACAAACAACACCUCGAUUAACGCCACGUGUAUCGCAACUAAGACAAGAAGAAGCUGUUGAUGUAACUAACAUACGUGAAGUGGCACAUGAACGUGAAAUUCAUAAUACAAUGACAAUGUCACAAUCCUGGGAAGAUUUACGAUUGAUGACAACAUCAGAUACAGAUAAUGCUAAAACAACUGAGCAUCAACAUCAAAUCUUAUCACCAAAUCCAUGUAGAAUGUUACCAUUAAAUAUUACAUUACCCACAUCAACAAUUGCUUGUUCGUCACCGUCUCCAACACGAGCUGGUGGUAUUAGUUUUAAUAAUAACAGUAACAAUAGAUCUGUAGGAUGUUUCUCACCAGGUAUAUCUGGUAGCAACACAAAUGGAAUGGUAUGGAAGAGUAUGUCACCAUCACCAACACGUAAACAAUCAUUUACAACACGACGUAGUCUAAGUCCAACAAUUACAAUGCGACCCAGUUCUCUAGGUCCUGUUAAACGUAAAUUUGAAUUAGACGAUGACAAAAUGUCAUCAGAGCAAUCAUAUCCACCAUUCAAACGAAUUAAUUUAUCAUCACCAUCAUCAUCUCUAAUACCAACAACAACUACAGCUUUAUCAUCACCAUCGUCAUCAUUAUCUACGUCGCCAUUAUCAAAUAAUAAUAAUAUAUUAUUAAUAACCAGUAAUAACAAUAAAACAACAACAUUAACAAAUAAUAAUACAACAUUAGAUACAACUUCAUCAUCAGAAACAUCAUCAUUAUCAUUAUCAUCAAGUAUUGAUAAUGAUUCAUCAUCAACAUCUGUUAUAAAUAAUAGUAAUAAUAAUAAUUGUAAUACAACACCAUAUAACAAUCAACAACAACAAUCAAUGAUUAUCAAUGAUAAUGAUAAUGAUUUACAAGUAUCGCCAUCUGGUAAUCUAAAUUAG